UCUUUUUCUGAGUUUUGGAAGUAUUUGGCACAAUGGUGAGCGUUGAUGAGAUCCGAAAGGCUCAGAGGGCAGAGGGGCCGGCCACCGUGAUGGCCAUAGGAACGGCCACUCCACCCAACUGCGUGGAUCAGAGCACCUACCCUGAUUACUACUUCAGAAUCACCAACAGCGAGCACAAGACUGAGCUCAAAGAGAAGUUCAAGCGCAUGUGCGAAAAGUCAAUGAUCAGGAAGAGGUACAUGCACCUGACGGAGGAAAUCUUGAAGGAGAACCCAAACAUAUGCGAGUACAUGGCGCCUUCUUUGGAUGCCAGGCAGGACAUGGUGGUCGUGGAAGUCCCCAAGCUGGGCAAAGAGGCCGCCACCAGAGCCAUCAAGGAGUGGGGCCAGCCCAAGUCUAAGAUCACUCACCUCAUCUUCUGCACCACCAGCGGCGUCGACAUGCCCGGCGCCGACUACCAGCUCACCAAGCUCCUCGGCCUCCGCCCCUCCGUCAAGCGUUACAUGAUGUACCAGCAGGGCUGCUUCGCCGGAGGCACGGUCCUCCGUCUCGCCAAGGACCUGGCCGAAAACAACAAGGGAGCUCGUGUCCUCGUCGUCUGCUCCGAGAUCACCGCCGUCACCUUCCGCGGCCCCAGCGACACCCACCUGGACAGCCUUGUUGGGCAGGCCCUCUUCGGAGACGGUGCGGCCGCCGUCAUUGUCGGCUCUGACCCGCUCCCCGUGGAGAAGCCUCUGUUUGAGAUGGUGUGGACCGCUCAGACCAUUUUACCAGACAGUGAAGGAGCCAUUGACGGACAUCUGCGCGAGGUGGGGCUCACCUUCCAUCUUCUCAAGGACGUUCCGGGACUGAUCUCCAAGAACAUCGAGAAGGCCUUGGUGGAGGCUUUCCAGCCACUGGGGAUCUCUGACUACAACUCCAUCUUCUGGAUCGCUCACCCAGGUGGGCCCGCGAUUCUUGACCAGGUGGAGGCCAAGCUGAGCUUGAAGCCGGAGAAGAUGAGGGCGACGAGGCACGUGCUGAGUGAGUAUGGGAACAUGUCGAGCGCGUGCGUGUUGUUCAUUCUGGACGAGAUGAGGAGGAAGUCCGCGGAAGAUGGGCUCAAGACUACUGGCGAGGGCCUUGACUGGGGAGUCUUGUUUGGGUUUGGGCCUGGGCUCACUGUUGAGACUGUUGUUCUCCGCAGUAUGGCUUCUUAAAAGGCCGGAUGUAUCUUUGCUUAGUUCGAUUUUACCACCGUAUACCACAAUUCAGCCGGACCUGGGCUUAUUUAAUUUUUCAAUUUUUCCAUAUUAAUGAUAUGAAACUGUUUGUCGGAAAGAUUUCAUGAUCAUGUAUCAACUUAUUU